AUAAUAAGAAGCAUCUUGUGUAAUUGUGCAAUUAAGCAAUAUAUAAAGCUGAGCGCUGUAUACACAACCCUACAGACAGGAGGACAGUCCGGGUGAUGUGCCACCACACUGAGGACAGUGCAGGCUGAAGACCAUCACAGUGAGGACAGAGCAGGCUGAAGACCAUCACAGUGAGAACAGAGCAGGCUGAAGACCAUCACAGUGAGGACAGAGCAGGCUGAAGACCAUCACAGUGAGGACAGAGCAGGCUGAAGACCAUCACAGUGAGAACAGAGCAGUGUGAGGACUAUCACAUUGAGGGCAGUGCAGGCUGAGGACUAUCACAUUGAGGGCAGUGCAAGCUGAGGACAGUCCAGGCCGAGGACCAUCACAGAGGACAGUGCAGGCUGAGGACUGUCCAGGCCGAGGACCAUCACAGAGGACAGUGCAGGCUGAGGACUAUCACACUGAGGGCAGUGCAGACCGAGGACCAUUGCAUUGAGGGCAGUGCAGGCUGAAGACCAUCACAGAGGGGACAGUGGAGGCUGAGGACUAUCACAUUGAGGACGGUCUAAACUGAGGACCAUCACAUUGAGGACAGUGCAGGCUGAGGACCAUCACAUUGAGGACAGUCUAGACUGAGUACCAUCACACAGAGAACAGUGCAGGAGUACACUGGGUAGCAAAGGCUUAGAUACACUACAGUCACUGCACUGAGUGAAGGAAGGAGGAAUGAUCCAGAAUUAGAUACCACAGACAUUGCAGAGGAGGAACUGCAGACUGUGCAAGGUUAGAUACACCCAAGUGCACGUAGGUAAGGAUAAUAGGGAUAGUCUAGGAUUAGAUACACAUAGUGGGGGACUGGGACACCAGGGAGUAUUCUGGAGAAUGAAGAGUUAUUUGCAAAUGUGUCUGGCGCUGGGGCUGGCAGCAUUGCUGUAUUCUGCCCCCGUACCGCACAGCAGCCCCCCGCAGUGGACCCUGGACGACGCUCUAGACGUGUAUAAUGAGGGUCUGAGCAGCGCAGGAUUUCUCUUUGGAAUACUCCAGGGCAAUCUGCGUGACAAAUUUAUCAUCAAGGAGACCAUCUGCGUGAAGUCAGCCGAAAAAGACGGAAAAUGCCCCUUUAAGGAGGACGGAGUUGUGAAGAGAUGCACGGCAUCAAAACUCGAAGGAAGACGUCUUGAAGUCAGAUGCCAGACUAUAGACAUUGCGGACGAAGAAAACACAAAGUCCGAGACUGCCAGAGAUCAUCACAUUUUCAAGGUCUUAAGAAACGACAGGAAGAAAGCAGAAAGCAGCUUCAUGCAGAUUGAGAAGGAUUCUGUCAGCAGCCACGCCGUCUUCUCCUGCCUCGGCUGCAUAUUCGAUAUGUUCAAUCCCAAAACAAGCUCAAAAGACUCGGGGAGAUGAUCUCCUCCAUGGUCUUCUGAGAACCUUCUCAUAAGCCAUCUAGCACUACAGCUCCCAGCAUGUGCUGACAUGUUGGGGGUGGUAGGUUUACAUAUUUACUCUGAUGCUUUACUGUUAAGAAUUGUAACUAUCUAUGUAUUUUGGGGUAAACAGGUGUUACUUUUUUGCCAAUGAUAAUGAGAAGAUGAAGAGCUUGCGAUUCAACUCGAGACUGAACCAUGGAGCAGCAGCUGCUUUAGGGCCCCUAAUAAGGGCCCCUCAUGUCUUUUGCAAAUAAAACUUCAUCCCUGUAUAAUGAAA